AUGCCUGCGGCAGACACGAGCAGGGAUGGCGGUCAGCUGUGGUACCACGACAGUCCCCCAUCCUUCCCUCCCGGCUCCGCUCCGGCGACUGUGCCGCCCAGCGUUGACUACCAGCCGGCCAGCGCUUACCCCGGCACCGCCGGCCACUUCGUCGCCCACGGGCAGAACCAUCGGCCCAACAGCAGCGGUGCGAGCGUCGAGCACGGACCCCCCAGUGCGGCCUUGCGCAGCCCAGCCACGGCGGAUGCUCCCAAGCCACCCUUCAGAGAGGGCCUGAGCGCGCUGCAGGCCGACGCCGGGCACCAGGAAAACUCCGGGGCUGCAAAAGUCAAGCUGCCCUGCCAGACCCUCCUUCCGCCGCCGGAGCAGGGACCGUCUGCCGCUGAACUGAAAUUGGAAGCCCUCACCCAGCGGCUGGAGCAGGAGAUGGAUGCGCGUCCAAAGGCUGAUUACUUUGGAACCUGUGUGAAGUGCAGCAAAGGAGUGUACGGAGCCAGCCAGGCCUGCCAGGCCAUGGGCAACCUCUACCACGACGGCUGCUUCACCUGCGGAGCCUGCAGUCGGAAGCUGAGAGGAAAAGCCUUCUAUUUUGUCAAUGGAAAGGUGUUCUGUGAAGAAGAUUUCCUGUAUUCUGGUUUCCAGCAGUCAGCUGACAGGUGUUUCAUUUGUGGCCACUUGAUAAUGGACAUGAUCCUUCAGGCUCUAGGAAAGUCCUAUCAUCCCGGCUGCUUCCGAUGCGUGGUGUGCAACGAGUGCCUGGAUGGCGUCCCGUUCACCGUAGAUGCUGAGAACAAAAUCUACUGUGUCAGGGACUACCACAAAGUUUUAGCUCCAAAAUGCGCAGCAUGUGGACUCCCCAUUCUGCCCUCUGAGGGCUCUGACGAGACCAUUCGGGUUGUGUCCAUGGACAAGGAUUACCACGUGGAAUGUUACCACUGCGAGGACUGCGGCAUGGAACUCAAUGAUGAGGACGGGCAUCGCUGCUACCCGCUAGAUGAACAUUUGCUGUGUCACUCCUGUCAUCUGAAACACAUAGAGAACGGCACGACCCCAGCGGCCGGGUACCCGCAUCACUACUAGCCAGCGAGGCCAAUGCCUGAAAGCCUGGACAGAAGUCCUGUUACAUGAUCUCCCUCUUCCCUCCCUCAGAUGAUUUCUUGUGCAUGUUUUUCUCCCAUCAACAGUUUUCCUGUAAAAGGAUAGAAGACU